UUUUUAAGUAGGAAAAUAGCACCUUCAAGUCUGCAAAAUAUUAUAAAAAUUAAGCGUCCAGAACCUUGAAGUCUGACCCAUAGUCUUCCUUUAGUUGAUUAAAAUGUGACUUUAAUCGUACCUUGACUGUUGAUCCCGGCAGAAGUCUGAACCCAGGAUUUUAAAAUUCCUGCUUGAGCUUUUAUUUUGUUUCCUGCUCAGUUUGAACCAAUUAUUCAAUUUUGCCAAGAUGGGGGUCCUGACCUGCAUCUUUACAAGUUAAGCAGCUAGACAAGUCAGUUCAGGAAGAGACAGCUUCUCGAUCCUUUAGGCAUCCUUCCUGAUAUCUUGUCUGUUGGCUUUGAGUUGUGAAAAAAUUGCAGAAUAAGAUAAGGGUGAGGGUGCAUGUAGAACAGCUAGAUGAGAAAACUACACUGUCUCACAAGAGGCAAUCUGUCCCUGACCGACAUUAACUUUUGAUUAGGAAGGAACCAAGGCCUGGGAUCUCCCUUGCUAAGAAGGGUUCAGACGGAUGAAGGCGGCUACUAGAAAUCCUGUGAUUUUUCAUCAAGGAGUUAUAGGGAGAAUUGAAUCAAAGACAGGCCACUGUUUCAAUAAAACC